AUGAAUCCCUCUUUGGAAUUAACUAUAGUUGCCAUAUUGGUGUCCUUGUUAUUUCUGUGGUAUGCUUUUGUGGGAAAGAGGAGGAUUAAAGGAGAAGGCAAGAGUGAAGAUGCUCCUGUACCAGCUGGUGCUUUGCCAGUUAUUGGUCACCUCCACCUUUUGGGUGGUGAUGAUCAGCUUCUCUAUCGAACACUCGGAGCAAUGGCUGAUCAAUAUGGGCCAGCAUUUAAUAUCUGGCUUGGUAGUCGCAGAGCAUUUGUAGUGAGUAGCUGUGAAGUGGCAAAGGAAUGCUUCACAACUAAUGACAAGGCACUUGCCUCGCGUCCCACAACAGUUGCUGCAAAGCACAUGGGUUACAACUAUGCAGUGUUUGGUUUUGCUCCUUAUAGCCCCUUUUGGCGUGAAAUGAGAAAGAUUGCAACUCUUGAACUUCUUUCCAACCGCAGACUUGAAAUGCUUAAGCAUGUCAGAGUGUCUGAGCUCAACAUGGGUAUAAGGGACCUAUACAACUCUUGGGUCCAAAAUAGCUCACCUUCCGUGCUUGUAGAACUAAACCGAUGGUUAGAGGAUUUGACUCUGAAUAUGGUGGUUAGAAUGGUAGCAGGGAAACGCUAUUUUGGUUCCUCAGCCACCUGUGAUGAUGAUGAAGCAAGGCGGUGCCAGAAGGCAAUUAAUCAGUUUUUUCAUCUUAUUGGCAUUUUUGUGGUUUCAGACGCGCUUCCGUUUUUGCGUUGGUUCGAUGUGCAGGGGCAUGAGAGGACGAUGAAGAAGACAGCGAAGGAGUUAGAUAACAUACUUGAAGGCUGGCUAAAGGAGCAUCGCAUGCAAAGAGUUAAUGGUGAGGUUAAGGCAGAGGGUGAGCAGGACUUCAUUGAUGUGAUGUUAUCGCUUCAAGAGGGUGGUCACCUAUCAAAUUUCCAAUAUGAUUCUGAUACAAGCAUCAAAUCCACCUGCCUAGCUCUUAUACUUGGUGGGAGUGAUACCACAGCAGGCACGCUUACUUGGGCCAUCUCUUUACUCCUCAACAAUCGCCAAGCAUUAAAAAAGGCACAAGAAGAAUUGGACCAGAAUGUUGGGAUGGAUCGGCAAGUUGAGGAGUCAGACAUUAGAAACCUUGUAUAUCUUGAAGCCAUUAUUAAGGAAACCCUCCGGUUAUACCCAGCUGGUCCCCUCCUAGGACCAAGGGAAGCCCAAGAAGAUUGUAAUGUUGCUGGUUAUCAUGUCCCUGCUGGCACCCGCUUGGUGGUUAAUUUAUGGAAGAUUCAUAGGGAUCCAAGGAUUUGGAAAGAUCCUUCUGCUUUUCGACCCGAGAGAUUUCUCACGAGCCAUGCAAUUGAUGUUAAAGGCCAAAACUUUGAACUCAUUCCAUUUGGCUCUGGAAGAAGGUCAUGUCCUGGAAUGUCGUUUGCACUCCAAGUUCUUCAUUUAACACUUGCUCGUCUGCUUCAUGGAUUUGAAUUUGCAACCCCAUCAAAUCAACCAGUUGACAUGACUGAAAGCCCAGGUUUAACCAUUCCUAAAGCAACUCCAUUAGAGGUUCUCCUUUCUCCCCGCCUUCCAGCCAAAUUAUAUGCCUACUGA